GGGGCAAGUGGAGGCAUAGAUCAGAUCAAUAUCGAGGGCAUUGCAGCGGAUAUCACGUACAUCGACACAUCGGCGGUGGUGCAGCCCUUCGAGGGUACGAAGAAGCUGCCCUGCCCCUGAGGCGAUCGGACAUUGUGGUAGUGCCAGCAGGCAAGCCACGAGAAUGAGCCGAGCCGAUCUGCUGGAUGAGAACGCCAGCAUUGUGGUGGUUGUGGCCAAUGCCGUAAGCGCGGCUGGUCCCGCGGCUCUGAUGGCCGAGAUCCUAAAGUCCAAGGACGCUUACGAGCUCAGGCACCUCUUUGGGGUCACCACUCUCGAUGUAGUCCGCAGACAUUCCUCGGAAAGAGCAGCGGGGUGCAGCCGGAAGAGGGCACCAUUCCAGUAAUAGGCU